AUGCUGGGCUGGAUGCUGGGGCGCGGGGACAACGCGCCGGACGCGGUUGACACCGGCGACACGACGCUUCUUGAUCUGCCAGACACCCCCGGGCCCGUUUUUGCUGCCAGAUCCUUCAAAAGUGCUCUCUUUGGCACUCCUAUUCGGGAUGCACAGCGAGCGUCGCGGGACAGGGCCAAAGCAGCAAAAUCGACAACCAUGGCAGCAGACCAUGGCUUAGAUACUCCAUUAAAGCCGCAAGGCAUCCUGCUCACACCUGGUACGGGGACCUCGAGACCGAAACGCGUAUCAUUCAAUCGUGAUCUUGCCACGACGAAAACCAUUUCCCCGAAUGGCGAGGGGGCUGCAGUCAGCAAAAGAACUCGUCUAUCCGAUGUGCUCGACAAGGCGAGGCGCAAAAGCACCACCAACGUUUCCAAGGUGACCGAGCCCCGUAUUAUCAAGGACGAGCCGGAGGAGGACGAAUGGGAGGAGGAUGAACUUGACGAUAAUGGCGAAUAUUACGCGCACGAUACCACAGUGGACUUGAAUGAGCCACACUCCCAAUCAGGCAAAUACUGGAAAGAGGAGUUUGAAAAGUAUCACCGAGAAGCACGAGCGGAGAUGGAGAAGCUCCUCAAGUACAAGAAGCAUCUCAAAUCUUACGCGGAGGAGAAGGACUUGGAAGCUAUCCAUCUUGCUCAGAGACUCAAGGAAGAACAGGAAAAGGUGAUUGCUAUGGAGAAGAGGAUUGCUGAAAACGCAAACCAGAUGGCAUCGAAACAGAAUAGUGCCUCUAGCAGCGAGACAGCAGAGUUAUUAGCAACUCUCACAAAGCAAACAGCCCUUGCGGCCCAAUACCGACAUAGGGUUCAGGAAUUGGAGGCUCAGCUUGAGGAGCUGCACCAAGCGCGAGAAGAGGACGACGAAUCAAGAGAGUGGAGGCGGUUGCAAGGAACGACUUCCCCCAAUACGGCAAGAACUCUGGUCGAGACGCAGCGAGAACUGCGACGGUCUCGAGCGCAACUGAAGGAGUUGGACGCCCUGCGAGACCAAGUGUCCUCUCUCAAGGCUCAGCUAAAAGUUGCUGAACAGCGAAAAGUUGCGGAUCACCCAGUUACCGAUGAAGUUACCGAUACGACAAAGAUGAAGGAGCUGAAGGCCCAACUUAAACAAGCAAGGGAAGAAUCAUCCAGAAAGGACAGUGAACUUGGCCAAUUGAAGAAGGAAUUUGACAUGUUCAAAAAAGAGAGAGAAGCUCAUGAUGCGGAUACCAAGGGCGUCCUUGAGCGUGCUCAAACCAAGAUAACUGAUCUCAAAAAAGAGAUCAAAACUCUGAAAGCUAAGGAUGCCGUUGACGGAGGUCGGUCAAAAGGCCGGAAUUACAAACCUGGCGACAAUAAGCCGGCAAGGGACGACGAAGAUGAGAUAUAUCUACCUAGGUUCUCCGCUACAGCAGAUGACACCCGCAGGAGCAUUGACGUGGCAGAUCUUGAACGGCCCCGACAUCUCUUUGAAGCGGGCAAUGCCAAAUUUCGAACAUUACGAGACAAGUAUCAAACCGAUGCUACGCCGGGCCAGUCUAGGACAGCAGCGAAGUCAAGGGGCACAACUGAGGCCUCGGGCGACCGACUGAUCAACGACAAAUCUAAAUGGCAGCCCUCUGCGUCAAAGGCAUCCCGAGAUAGAGCCUCUGCCAGUGAGGCCGUGCCAAAGCGUAGCCAGCCAGGGAACGACGCAGGAAGCGACAAUAUUGCACUUGCCGGUAUGCCCGCUUUCGCAAAAUCCAUGGCUCAAUCCAAGAAACCGGCAUCCAUCGACGACACGGACGUCGAGAUCGACCUUUUACAGGAUCGCUUUACUCGCCUAGGCAGCGGUGACUCAGGUCAAGAGAGACUGAAGGAAGUGCCCAAGAGCGGCAACGGCAAGGCCUCAUUGCCACCGGAGCGUCGAGCAGCUGCUCUGGCUCGGAUUGAGAAGAGAAUGGCCGAAAAGAGGGCCCAGCGACGAGAUGGAACAGACAAGGAAAAUGUACGGCCAUGAAGAGAUGACGAUGCUCCAUUGUGAGCAAUCUACGAUAAUAGUUGUUUUUGAUUUAGGGAUCAGCGUUGGUGUUAUUCGGCAAAUGGAGGGCGGUUAUCAACAUGUUUUAUUACGAGCGGGACCGAGUGGAAUGCAAGCUGGAAGCUCUUGCUGCUUGGAUGGAUAUUUGGUUUUUUAUUCCUUUUUUGUGUUUUCUUUUUCUUUUGGCUUUUAAUUUUGUUCAUAUACAUACCUAUUUGUAACUAUUGCUAGACAGCGUUGGCGUGUAUCGUAUCAAUCGCGAUAUCACACGGUCUAAUACGGAACGGAUGACGAGAGAUAAUGCAAUACAACUUUUAAACUUUAC